UUUAAAUUCACAUUUUUAAAAGUGUGAUAUGAGUGGAAAUAAUUCAGGAAUAAAAUCUCCAAUCCACAGUGUUGAAUUAACACCUACAGUGUUUAUAAAUGUCCAGUUAGACACAAAUGAACUCUGAAAGAGUUCAUUCAAUACUCUAGGUGUUAAUUCAACACUGGGAAUUUUGCUGCACAUCGAAGUGUGAGAACUUAGGUGGUUAUAGUUGUAACUGCUAGGUCGGUUCAUUUUAAAAUGGGGAACUUAAAUGAAGAGGAAAGAUGUCAAAAUGUACCGAAAUAGCACAGCUUGAGGUUUUGUAUCAAUGAAAGCUCAAGGUGUAGACUAAAUAGUAUCGUAGUUAAAUAAGCUCUUUCAUGUCAGGUAGCAUUUAAAGUACUUAUUUAACACAGUUAAAACUCCAGUGCUUUACAUUUCAACCGUUUCAAAACAUUUAUUUCAGCAUUCAGGAAAGUAUCAGGAGAGAAAUAUGUGACACAUCGAGUAGGACGGGUUGUAUUGUGUGUGUGUGUGUGUGUGCGUGUGAGUGAGAGAGAGAGAGAAAGAGAGAGAGAGAGAGAGAGCUCAGACAGAACGAUGUGUAGAGGAGAGAAGCUCAGUGCACAGGUGUGAGUGUGGUAAUAGUAUGAUUGUUCAAAUUAGUUGGCAGGUUGUGAUUUUCUCGCUCAAAUCAUAAAUCCCACAGUGACUCUCAUGGAUAUGGCUGUCAUCCUCUGUUUACUGUUACAUUACUACUUGUUUUCGGUUACAUUUUUGGCCACAACAGCGCAGCUGACCCCGAUUGAAGAGGACAUUUUGGACUCGACCUCAGACAGAGAUCUGCAAUGGGUAUCCGAUCCACCUGGAGCUUGGCAAAAGAUAAAGUUAAAGCUGGGGCUGGCCUCAGCCCACCCUGUCUACCAAGGCUGUAAUUCAAAUUUGAAAAACAGACUAAAAACAUUGUGGACUACAUGGAUGGCGAAGAAGGAUGCCCAUGAGCUUCAGCUGGACCUGCUUUUUGCUCAAAAUGACAAAACACCUGUCAUAAUCCAGUUACUGGAGUCUGAUGGACCAGUGGAACGUCCUCAGACUCGACAAAUACAACAACAGAUUGUAGCUCCACAGGAAUUUACUCAGCCUAAAAGCCCUCAGGAUGUGGAGAAACACCUGUAUCACGCGCAGGGUCUAGACUUGGGGAAGAUCAAAAGAAAUGGCUUUCAUUUGGGUUUCUCCUACAGUGGAUCAUGCAUAUUUAUUUCGUCCGUACGGGUCUUCUACAUGAAAUGUCCCGGGAUGACAGUGAACCAGACUAGUUUUGGAGGAGCAUCAGCAGGGUCAAGAUGGAUCAGAGGCCAGUGUGUGGAUGGAGCUGAAGAAAAGUCUACCCCAAUGAUUGAGUGCGAGUCUAAUGGACAGUGGGGUGUAAUGCAAGGAUUCUGUGUCUGUGGAGCUGGUUAUGAAGCAGAGGGGAACAUGUGUAAAGCUUGUGGUCUGGGCAGCUACAAAGCUGCCAGCGAAAGUGGUGAAUGUCAGCUUUGCCCGUCCAAUAGUAGAACAUCCUCGGAAGGUGCUUCAAACUGUGACUGUGAAGAAGGAUAUGCCCGAUUGCAGAAUGACCCACCACACCUAGGCUGUACAAGAUCUCCAUCAGCACCGCUCAACUUAACUAUACAUCACUUGAGUAGCACAGACCUGAUUGUGAACUGGGCCACGCCUGCAGAUCUUGGUGGAAGAGAGGAAGUGAUGUAUGAUGUAGAGUGUAGACAAAAGACAGAAGAAUCUCUUGCUCCAUGGAUUCCAUGUGACAAUACCAUGUUAAUAACUCCACAGUCCACAGGGCUGACUGAAACAGUGGCCACCAUUACUGGAUUACAAGCACAUGUGAGCUACCAGCUUUCUGUCAGAGCAUACAACAGAAUAUCUCAGAAACUGGGCACAUCUGGGUCUUCACAGUCCAUUACUAUAUUGAAGACUCCAGUAGUAAUCACAGCUGUUCCAGUACCAACACCUGCUGCCAGGCAACAGCUCAAAACUCCAGUGAUUGCCGGCGUGCUGUGUGGAAUACUGCUACUCCUGGCGCUGAUAUCAGCUGCGUUCUGCCUUAUACGCAGAGGUUAUAGUAAAUUCAGGGAAGAUCAAGAAGUGGAGCUUAUGCCUUUACAGGGUGUUGGUAGAGUGUACAGACCCCCUGAAGAACCACAAACUACACCUCCUCAACAAACUGCCAGUUCUGUCCCGUUUUUGGACAGUGUGAAUGAAAGCCUGCUGUCUGGUAUUAAAGACGUGUUGGUAGAUCGCAACCGAGUCACGCUGGGCAAAGAGCUCGGGAAAGGAGAAUUUGGGGCAGUCUAUGAGGGCAUAUUCUUAUCAGAAGACAAUGAGAACAUCCAAGUGGCGGUGAAGACCAUGAGAGUUGGAAUUAACAGCCAGGACGAUCUGCAGUCAUUUCUUAAGGAAGCUGAAAUCAUGCAGCACUUUGACCAUGAUAACAUAGUGAAACUUCUAGGUGUCACUCUGGAGACCGUACAGAACUCAUCCAUCCCCGUUCCACUAGUCAUCCUACCAUUCUUGAAACAUGGAGACCUGAGACGAUUUCUUAUAGCCACCCGCUAUGGUGACAUUCCUAUGUUCGUGCCUCAUCAGAGCCUGCUACGCUUUAUGAUUGACAUUGCCUCAGGCAUGGAGUAUCUCAGCUGCAAGGGCUUUUUGCAUAGAGAUUUGGCAGCACGCAACUGCAUGUUGGGAGAUGAUCUGUGUGUACGUGUGGCUGACUUCGGCCUUUCCAAACAGAUCUUCAGCAGUAACUAUUACAGACAGAAGGUUGCUAUACGAAUGCCAAUCAAGUGGAUGGCCAUAGAAAGCCUUUCUGAAUCCAUCUACACCAGCAAGAGUGAUGUGUGGUCCUUUGGAGUGACCAUGUGGGAGAUUGUGUCCAGAGGAAGGACUCCAUAUCCUGGCAUCCCCAACCAUGAGCUUUUAGAACUGCUGGAGAAUGGGCAUCGCCUCAAACAGGGGGACUGUGACAGUAAACUAUAUGAGGUGAUGCUGAGCUGCUGGCACAAAGAGCCCUCACAGCGGCCUUGUUUUGCAGAGCUGGCUCAGAGACUUAAAGCUCUACUGUGUGAGCUUCCGCCCUUGGAGCCCAGUAAAGAGAGCUACUACAUCAACCAGGGCCUGGAGGCAGCCAACGCCACCCAGAGCAGUGCUGCAGAGCCUGACCCUGAGGGAGCUGUAGGAAACAUUUACUUGCCCUCGCCAGAGGCCAGAACAGACUGCGCUAAAAGGAAAGAGGAGGUGAAGGAAGACGAAGAGGAUGGAUAUAUGCUCUUCAAUAAACGUGCCAUGUAGACUGUCAAAAAUGGAGGCCCAAAUUCUUGAUGUAAUUUGCAUAUAUAUAUUUUUAAAAAAUUUACUAACUUUUUAAAAUAAAAAAAUAAAACGUCCAAUCCAGUGUGCACGCUUUCAAUUAAGUGCCUACGGUAUUCAUAAUUCAGACAUUAAAAUUCGGUCCAUGUUUCUAAACACGACACUUGUCAACACCAUAAAGCCAGAUUAAUAUUUCUGUGAUCAACAGUGAUUACUGUUUUUCAU